GGAGCAGGAUGUAGCGGUACAUGUACCGGACUCGCUUCACAUCAAUCCAGCCAUCAGAAGUCCCUCUCUCCCUUAUUUAUGUCGACGCAGUGAGCCGGGUCUGGGGGAUGGGUGCUGAAAGGACCGUUAGCAGAGACGACUAAGGUUUGAAAAAAUGUCCAACAUCCUCGAUGCGGCGUCCAAAGUGAGAUGGGACCGCACGACUGCGGCGAAGCGAGCCGUGUUCCUUGCGGCUGCUGCCUACGGUGUCAGGACGCUAUACCCCAUCAUCUGCAGGCAGCUCUGCAAAAACAAGGAUCCCCGGAGCAGCCGCCGGGGUUCAAAGGCCGAGAACGGCUCCACCUGUUCGGGGAAGACCACGAUCGACUCCGCGGCACAUCAUCAUAAGGUUUCCCCCGGCGUAAAUGCCGAAUUUUUCAAACAGAUCCUUGAACUUGGCAAAAUCCUCUUCCCCAAGCUUGUUUCUAAAGAGCUCGGUCUGCUCUCCUUGCACUCAGUGGCGCUGAUAUCUAGGACGUUUCUGUCUAUUUACGUGGCGAGCUUGGACGGAAAGAUCGUCAAAACGAUCGUGGAGAAAAAACCCAAGCGCUUCAUCCUCCAGCUGAUCAAAUGGCUCCUCAUUGCCAUCCCGGCCACGUUCGUCAACAGCGCCAUCCGGUACCUGGAGUGCAAACUGGCUCUGGCCUUCCGCACCCGGCUGGUGAACCAUGCCUACAGGACCUACUUCACCGAUCAAACCUACUACAAAGUGAGCAACAUGGACGGGAGGCUGGCCAACCCGGACCAGUCUCUCACGGAGGACGUGAUGAUGUUUUCCCAGUCGGUGGCCCACCUCUACUCGAACCUCACCAAGCCGAUACUGGACGUGGUGCUGACCUCCUACACGCUGAUCCAGACCGCCAGGUCCAGGGGGGCCAACGCCACCGGGCCGACCCUGCUGGCCGGGCUGGUGGUCUUUGCCACGGCUAAGGUGCUGCGUGCGUGCUCGCCCAAAUUUGGCAAGCUGGUGGCCGAGGAGGCGCACAGGAAGGGCUACCUGCGCUAUGUGCACUCCAGGAUCAUCGCUAAUGCUGAGGAAAUAGCUUUCUACAGAGGACACAAGGUGGAGAUGUGUCAGCUCCAGAAGUGCUACCGAGCCCUGGCGGAGCAGAUGAACCUGAUCCUGUCCAAGCGCCUCUGGUACAUCAUGAUCGAGCAGUUCCUCAUGAAGUACGUGUGGAGCAGCAGCGGCCUCGUCAUGGUGGCCGUGCCCAUCAUCACGGCCACGGGCUUCGCCGACAACGAAACAGCAGAUGGGCAGACGCAGGUGUUGGUGAGUGAGAGGACGGAGGCGUUCACCACCGCUCGCAACCUCCUGGCCUCGGGAGCCGAUGCCAUCGAGAGGAUCAUGUCCUCCUACAAAGAGGUCACGGAGCUGGCAGGCUACACCGCAAGAGUCCACAACAUGUUUGUGGUGUUCGAGGACGUCCAGAAGGGGGUUUACAAGCGCUCCUCCCUCACGGCCACGACGGGGACGGAGAAGAAGAGCAAGCCUGAGAUGCACAUAGAUGGACCGCUGGAGAUUAAGGGUGAAGUGAUCGACGUGGACAACGGCAUCGUGUGCGACAACGUCCCAAUUAUCACACCCAACGGGGACGUAGUGGUGUCUUGCCUGAACUUUAAGGUGGAAGAGGGCAUGCACCUGCUGAUCACAGGGCCUAACGGCUGUGGAAAGAGCUCUCUGUUCAGGAUCCUCAGCGGCUUGUGGCCCGUCUACGGCGGACGGCUGUACAAACCCUCCCCUCAGCACAUGUUCUACAUCCCUCAGAGGCCAUACAUGUCGAUGGGGACGCUGCGCGACCAGGUCAUCUACCCAGACUCUGUGGAGGACAUGGCUGCCAGGGGCAUGAGUGACAAGGACCUGGAAGCCAUCCUGGACAUAGUGAACCUCAAUCACAUUGUCACCAGAGAGGGAGGUUGGAAUGCUGAGUUGGACUGGAAGGACGUGCUGUCAGGAGGCGAGAAGCAGAGGAUGGGCAUGGCCCGCAUGUUCUACCACAUGCCUAAAUAUGCCCUACUGGAUGAGUGUACCAGCGCUGUGAGCAUUGACGUGGAGGGAAAGAUUUUCCAGGCUGCCAAGGAUGCCGGCAUCUCCCUGCUCUCCAUCACCCAUAGACCGUCCCUGUGGAAGUACCACACUCACCUGCUGCAGUUUGACGGAGAGGGAGGCUGGCGCUUUGAGCAGCUGGACACGGCAACGCGGCUCUCCCUCACCGAGGAGAAGCAGCGGCUGGAGACCCAGCUGGCCGGCAUUCCCGAGAUGCAGCACCGCCUCAACGAGCUCUGCAAGAUCCUGGGAGACGACUCUGUCCUGAAAACAGCUGAGGAGUGAGAGAGAGAGAGAAGGGGAGGGAGGGAGGGUGGGAAGAGGCCCGGAUUGGGGACAAGAAGAUGAGGAGCGUGGAACACAAAGAGGCGAUGAGGGGAAAAGAAAUCUAGAGGCUGUUUGCAAGUAUUUUUUUUUUCGAUUUUUACUUUUAUUUCAAGCCCCUCUUGUUAAAGUAGGCGAACCCUGAAAGAAAGUCUUUGAGUUCUCCUUCCUCUUUCUUUUCAAACGCUCCUUUAUCCAGGCUGAGAAGUGAAGUGGAGAGGGUGAAGUUCAAGUAUUACCCCCCCCCUCCCCCUUAUAACGCACACUCACUGCAUAUUCGGUGGUACAUUUUUAACGUUUGAUUUUUAACGUUUGAUUUUUAACGUACGUAUUUGUUAGGAUCAGUUUGCCACUGUUCAAAGUGGCACAAGUACUGAAACCCAAAAUUAACCUAGAUCAUGAAUUUUGUUUGGCAGUUUUAUAGCACUUUAAUUUUGCUCUUAGGUGGCUCUUUUUGAUUGUUGCUGUAGUGAAAUAGCUGCGUCUAGCUGGAAAACUUUUUAAUACGGAACCACUAUCGUGUCCAAAGCAGUAUUCCAGGCCCGGUCCGCCGGGCUGCACAGGAUUUGUUUUUACCUCUAUGAUUUAACAAUAGAGUUUAGUUUUUACUCAACCUAAUGAGACCUCUUAGAUUUUAGGGGUCAAAAGAGAGACUAUUUUUCAUAAUGUCCGAAUAUGCCUUUUGUUUAGUUCGUGUACAUAGCCACAGUGCGAACCCUUUGCCUUCCCACCCCUUCCCCUUAGUCUUGGUUAGGUCACUGCAGACCCUUGCAACGCUGAUGCAGACUCGUAUGCAGACUCUGCCGGGUCUAUUAUUAGAACAAUUAGUGACGCGGGUCUGACUCCAAAACCAUCGGUUUCUGGUUUAUUGCACAAAUACAAAGAGCUAAAGAGGUCCUCUUCAAAGGGGGCUGAGGAGCGGGCUGACGCUGGUAGUCUGUCAGCCAGUAAACGCGCGUAGAAAACCUUUCCGUGGACUAACAGGUAGCCGCCCAGACAAUGUACAGCGACUGUCAGAUUCAUGUGCACACGCUGGCCACCUGCCCGACGUCUAUCCCGUGUUGACACAAAAUAUACUUGCGUGUCCGUGGGGCUCUGCUUUUGUCGGCAGUGCCGCUCGUGCUCUAGAUGACAUCUCACUGGACAAUGAGCUGAGGCAGCCACUGAAAGGAGCCUUCGCACGAGUUUGAUGAUGCCACUAAUGUUGCUCUUUGAUUCUCUUUACAAAGUGCAGUCUUAUUAUUUUCCAUUUUCACAUUGUUAUGUCAUAAUAUAUGUGACCUUAUACCUAAUUAGGAUUUCAGUAUAGGGCAUAUACACAUUAUCCUGAGAGCCAGACCAACUUCCUAGACUACGGUUGUUUCGUGGCGGAUAGUCGGUCUGGAGUCUGUGCUCCAGCAAACAUCUUUAGGGCCAAUCAAAUCAUUUAAACAGGUUUAAUUUGGUCAUCUUAGCGUCAUUGAGUUUUAAUUUGUCAACAACAAAAUGUCUGCUGUUGGAGCCCUUCAGAGUAGUUCAGUUCUCUGUACACACCCCCUUAAUGAAAUACCCGACGAGUCACUGGACUCACAUUCUGAUUAGAAGAGUCAGGCUACACCAUAGCAGGGGUUGUACAGACUAGUCGACUGGUCGGUUUGUCGACGUCACUGCUGUGCCAUGAUUCUUUAAGCAUCAUGUUGACUGUGGCAACAGAGAGAAGGAGUCUGUAAAUCACCGGUUUACGGGUGAAUUUCAUUGUCAAACUAAUUGAACCUUUAGCUGCUUUCAUAUUUUGCAGGCUUUGGGCCUGGUAGAAGAUUCAUUUCGAAUUCAUUUCAGCCUCCUGACUAAUGGCUGACAUAAGGUACGCGUGCUUCUCCAGCUGUUCUCAAGGACGGAUUGUGUUUCCUCGUUGAACCUCCGUAUUUGUCACCGCCGGCGGCGGCUCCCGAAGCUGCUGGUUGCAAAUGUCGGCAGUCGUGAUACUGUGAAAUAAGUGGUCUGUUACAUUUACAUACACUUUAAAAAAAAAAUAAAAAAUCAUAAAUGCUGUGUCGUUCUGUGGCACCUGUGAGCUGUGCUCGAGGCUGCUUUUGUUUGUGUGGGUCAAACCUGUGGACAUGCACGGAAACAUGCAGGAUCAGUAAAGUCGGUUUAAGUUAACAUGGCAUAUUAUACUAAAAUCCUAAGGCCCGCACACACCAAACUAACAUCAAAUGACAACUGCGUCAGGUCACGUUUCUUGGACCUGGACCAAAAAGGUUCAAGCACCAGUUAGUUAAGAAGUAAUACGUCUUCACACCAGCAGGUGGCAGUAUUCUUUAUUCUUCAUUCAUAUGGGGAAACUGGAAGAUCUAAAUAACCUCUCCUGAAUCAGUUUUUUCACUCUAGAUGAUAAAAAUAUUUGCGUAUUUGGACGUUUCUUUACAUGCAUUACUUCUGUUUCUCGUACAUGUUUCGCUAGCUUGGCGCGUCGCGGCUUUGAGAUUCCAGCCAAGCACAAUGAUAUUAGUGCUCGGUGACACAAAAUCUCUUCCACGGUUCACCUAUAAUUUAACAUGUGUGGCACCAUGUUCGAAACAAGACUGUUGUGAAAUAUGGAAAAGGUUCAGAUACUGGGACAGACAGGAAUCAUAGGACUUCUCUGUGCCACGUCCAAGUUAAAAUGACUAGCGCAGUUAAAUAAUACCAAGUCCCUUAUGCAACCGUUAUUUUGUUAAGGUGUUUCUGUUAGGUUUAUACCCCACCCUGUCAGCACUGGCUUCUUGUCGCAGAGAAUGGACAAUCAGGUGCACUGCUGUAUUUCAAACUGCACAUCAGCUCAUUAUUAUCUUCGAGGGAAAAUUAGUUCAGACUUUAGGCGAACAACUACACAAGCCUUAUCUAAUUUAUUACGAUACCGAUUAUGAAUGCUGCAUCUGCAUGUCGAGGUUUAGCCUGAUACGCUGGCUGCAUCCAGGAUGUCUCGGAUGCAGGUUUGAAACCUUAAAACCUUGAAACCUCCCUUCUUUGUUUUUUAGUGGACAAGUUGAAUAAAAGGUCAUUUUAGGCAUUUUGAUGCUAACCCUGCUCUGCUCAGGUUAGUAAAGGGCAGACUUUCUUUUUUUUCCUCAAAAUGUGACUCAAGAACAAAACUGGCUACGUAAAGUUUAAAAAUGUCAGUGUGUUUGUUUAACAUCAAAAGGAAUAUCAGCUCUGUCAUGAUCCUAUAGUACAAAAUGAAUUGUUAAACAUUAUUAUGCUUUCAUUUAGUAUGCAAGGGAGCAUCGCUGCGGGCCUUGGAAAAAUAGCACAGUGAGCCUCUUUGACAGGGCUCUGUACUGUAGUUUCCGACCUGCAACAAUCUCCCCUGUGCUGUCAGACAGACUCUGCUGACAGGAGGCCACUCCGAGCCGAUGAAUGACACAGAGUCUGACAGUCAUCCCAAAACUGUGCCUGAUGUUCACAGGCAACGGCGUGAGUACAUACUAAGUCCGAAAAACGACUUCAGCUUGAUAAGAUGUGAUAAGAAACGAUGAGAUACCCUGUUAAUGUGACUGUGCUACGCAUUAGUUAUUUUAUAUCUGUCAAAGUGGUGUGUUUUAUCAAUCUGCUUUUACUUUUUAGUUGGUUUGGACUCCUCUGAUCAGGGUACAAAACCAAACUGAACAAAGGCUACACCUCUACUGUUAACUCUUUUGAGUGAUGUUACCCAUCAAUGGAGUGAGGACAAGUGCAUAUGAAGAAAGUGUGGAAAUUGAAUAUUAGUAGCCCAUGUAUCUCCAUAUUUGGACAUUAGAAACUAUGCUGCAGGUUAAGCGACUGAGAAGGUGCUGGUCUGCAAGUGUUGUUUCUGCUGCCCCCAAGCGUCCAUGGGUAGUUAUUACAGGCUAUUGAUAUUUCCCGACUUUUUCCAGCUUCUUUCAAAUAUACCGCUGUAAAUCUGCACUCAUGCUGCAUUCAGGGGCAACUGAGAAUUCAGGUUUCCAACUAGUAUGGGUAUAUAUAAAUGCCACGGGAAGUUGCUUUUCCUACCCAGCAUAUCGCUGUCCAACAAACAGUCAGAUAUUUAUUUUGUUAACUGCUUGCUUAUCUUAGAAAAGCAACAAAGCCAAUCAGGAAGCAACCAUGGCUUGUUUCUGAUUUCUGCCCUGAAAGGUCCAUUCAGUAGUGGUCCAGUAAGUGAUCUAUCCUGGCGAGUGUUAGUCCUGGGUCAGUCUGAGAUCCCAUCAGCUAUAAUCCGUUGGUCUCGGGGGGCCAGCGCUUGGGGGGGUUUCCGGGGUAACCAGCAGAUAUUUGGAUAACAGAGCCAAGGCUUCCCGUUCUGUGCAGCGUUGUCCUUGUUUAGACUGGCUAGCAACCUAAGAUCGGAGUUGAAUCAGGCAGUUUACACUCAGUUAACAUUUUAAAACCACUACAACAACUUUGUUUACGGUAUUUUCUUGACAAAGCUGACAUGUUAGUUUGAUUGUUUAUUGCCAACAGGGUAUGACAGGACGCUCUUCCUCUUUUGCCAGUCGAUAUGAACUGUUUGCCCGCAUGCAACCAAAGCCCUCUCAACUGCUAUUGGUCAAUACAACUUAUACGAUAAACUGAAACCAGAAAACUUCCGGCACCAAGAUCUUGUUCCUUCCCUACGCCUUCCCUGUGUUCUCUUUGAUAGAGAUUAAUCCUAGGGGAAGAAUGUCUGUGUUGACUGCUUGGCUUUUAAAAACAGGAUCUCAUCAGUUCUUAUCACCGCAUAGAAAACACUGAAGUCAGGCCUGCGUAUUGGCUUGUACGACCCAGAUACUGUAAUAACAUCCUUACUAACAAAACUUUGAUACUUUGAAACUGUCUCUUUCUAUUAUCCCCGGUUGUAAUUAAGAGGUUGAAUGUAUUCGUCGUGUAUGAUGAAAACACAUCCUAAGGUUACGAAGAGGUUGAAUGCUUGUGGUGAGGUCAUACAUCCUUUCUGUUAGUGCAUGUUACUUUUCUAGAGCCACGGUGUUGUGUAGAUUUGCCGUACAUGUGGUGUGUGAACUGGGAUUACGGGAAAGGAAAAUGCUCAUCAGUUAGAAAUCUCAUGUUACUCCUGUGGUAUCAGAUAUUUAAAUCAAUAUUUAUGACAUAAAUGAAAGAAUGAGUAAUUUGGUUUCUACUUUUUUGGAGAUAUUGAUUUGGCUGUCUUGUACCACGGCCCAGCAUGCAUUGAUUCCCCCUUAAAGCCAGGGAUUACUACAGUUUGGAGUUACUAUAUUUUGAAUUCCUGUAACAUUAGCUCAGACUUCUUUUACUGUUAUCUCCUAGCGUACGUGUAGGAAUCUGUGUUAUUGUUUAACAUCGAGAGAGGUGCAUCAACAUAAAAGACAUCUUUCCGUUCAAUAAUCACAUGCUAAGGUCACUUUAUGUUGAAAGAUGAAGAUGUAUUUUCUUGUAAAUAAAACAAUACUGUACGACCUCGGAAAAA